AAAUCGAUCGAUACAUUCAAUUCAACAUACACAUAAGUAACUUAAGAACAACAGCAACAACAACAACAACAAAAAUGAAAUCCACAUUUUUCGUUUUAGCAGUUCUAUUCGCUGCUUCGACCAUCGAAUGCAAUCGUGUAAGCGUGGGCGUAUACUAUGAAACAAUUUGUUCCGGUUGCCGUACUCAUUUCAUUAAUGCUAUUGUGCCUCUUCGACAACAAUUAGGUGAAUAUGUAGACAUUGAUCUUGUUCCAUUCGGUAAUGCUCAUAUCUAUUCGAAUGGACCACAAUGUCAACAUGGAGCUUUAGAGUGUUAUGGUAAUGCUUUCCAAGCUUGUUCAUUGGACAUGAAUGGUUUUGAUACGGGAUUCAAAUUGGUUGAAUGUAUGUUCAGAUCAUCUUAUUACAGUAAUCCUCAAUAUAGUGCAAAAAGAUGCGCUCAACAAUUGAAUUUGAAUUAUGACCAACUUCAUUCAUGCGCUACCGGCCAAAAAGGCUUUGAAUUGAUCAAAGUGAUGGCCCGUAAAACGCCUCGACAUAAUUAUGUUCCAUGGACUACGGUCGAAAGCCGUACUGUAGAUGUUAAUGUAGAUUUGGUCAAAUACAUUUGCGAUAAUUACCUGAACAAUGUUCCAGCUUGCAAUUAAUUGAUUGAUUGAUUGUUUUUUCAAUUAUUAAAAACAAGUUUAUGAAUUAAAAUGUAUUCUAAUAGUUCAA